AUGACCAGCGUCUCCCACCAUCCUCGCAUUGCCGACGACAUCUUGCCUGGAAGCAGCGAUCAGGAUAGAGCGCCAAUCGCGGCGACUACAGAAAACUGCGAGGCGAGUUUUUCAAGAUGCAUCCGUCGACUGGAAUUGAACGGCGAGGAGAAGACGGCCACCGAGCUGCGGCGGCUUGAAGCGAAGUUCCUCGACUGGAGAGGGUACCUAGGAGUCUUCGCUCGGGGCAGCGCGAGCCUCGACCACCGUCUUGGCCGCCAUGCACAGCAGCGCGACCUUGUUCUUCUGGCCUUGGACAUGCUCGACAUGUCCCUGGCUCAAAUGAGCACCAACCCCGAUGACUCCGAGUCGGACGAGUCCUCGGAUGGCGAAACGGACCGACGGAAAAUCGAGCUAGAUGGCGUCUGGAAGUCUGUUAAUGAGCUUGGCAGACUGGCGAUCCACAUCCGACUAUCUCCCACUUCGUCCUUUGACGCCCGAGUCCAAGCGUUUGCGGCCAGGAAGGCUGCAGAAAUAGCCCCGUUUGAGACCUUGGCAAUGCUUACCGUCAAGCAUCUUUACCCAGACUCUACCGAUAGCAUCCGUCGCCUCUUAGGCAAGGCCAUGACAGACCGGUACGCGAGGCUUCUGUACUGGAAGUAUCAUGACAGGAAACUGCGCCUCGACCGUCGCAGGGAGGCUAGUGUACCUGUGCAGCGCGAAGUCUUCCCCCAGAGGCCACCUGCAACGCUGUACCGGUCACAAACGCCAACCAAGUCGGAAAUUUCUAGGCCCCCAAAGCCCGAGGAAAGCCAGGUGUCGCUUGGAACCGACCUGCUGUCCGACACUAUACCAUCUAAUCCGGCUUCCCAUGUCGUUAUCCCAUUUUACGAAAGUAAUGUUCCGGUCCGACGGAGAGCGGGCGCAUCGACUGUUCUAGGAACCAAGGCGAGGUUUCCAAAGCCCCCCAAGUUGCAGGGUGGGGGGAGUAGCUUGCCGUGCCCCCUUUGUCGGAAGAUGUUCCCAGGGACCAGCUUCGACGACGUCGUGUGGUGGAGAGUGUCCAGGGCGCGCGACUAUAUGCAGGAAAGUCAGGACGCUUCGGGGCCCGGGAGCAUCAUGUCUCACGACGAAGCCUCUGAUAGCUGCCCUAUAUGUUGCCGGCCCCUCACAGAGCCUGGGAGUGGCCCAAGCCAGGCGGUAGCAGCGCAGAAACCGCCGAGCCAUCACAGACAAGAACUGUCUGCAUCGGACCUCGGGACAAAGAAUGCCAAAAAAUCGGUGCGAUUUGACGCUGCGGCUUCGCAUCCCGCCACAGCCAGCGAGCAUCUGGAUGAAGCCCCUCAAAGGUUAGCAGAUGUGGCACCAUCAUCCACGGCAUUGACAUACAAGAACAGCCUUCUGGACCAUAUUGCCGAGCACAUGCAGUCUCUUGCCUUGCUUACGGUGCGACUGGCGGUAAAGAGGGCUGCCACCAAGUCUGAUUACCGCUCCUUCUCCAGCGCCCAGGAGGCCAGCAGCGACGGGACUCAUAGACACCGGAGCACACUCGAUACCGAUCUUGAGUUUUCCCAUGGAGAUCAAUCAGAGGACUCGCCCAAGUAUCUCGGAGAUCUGUCGUCAUUACCUCCUAGCCGGCCUGCAUCGCCGGCUGAGCCGACUCUACACGAUGAGAUACUGCUGCCAGAAAGCCGCCUUGAGAUGCCCCCUCAGCAAGAGAUUGGAAAGGAGGAUAUGAUACUUCUCCUAGAGAGGCGAGACCAGUCCGAAAUCACACCGGAAUUGGUCCAAGAAAUUGCAGCGUCGUAUGACGAAGACGUCAUGAUAUUUCUUCUGGAAAAGCUAAGGGGCCAAAUCCAGAUCACAACGGACGUGGUCGAAGCAGUAGCAAGGAACCAGAGCAGUGGAAAGGGGGUGAUGGCGCUUCUUCUGGACAGUCAUAGGGGCCAAACCAUGCGGGCGCUACACCUGGCCGCGGAAAACGGCCACGAAGCCGCUAAGCAGCAACAGACUCGUCGUGAGGUUUCUGGUGGAGGUGGGCGCCGAUAUAGAGGCGAGAAAUCAUCGGGAGCAUACUCCGUUGCAUUUCGCCACAACAAGGGCGACGGGGGAGCAAGUAGCCAUUGCGAGGUUACUUUUAAUGGCGGGCGCUCAAAGGGAGGCAAGAACCAUCGAUGGGGAAACGCCGUUACAUUUGGCCGCAAAAAGGGGGAACGAGCCCGUCGCGAGGUUUUUGGUUGA